AUUGAUCGGAGCCUUACGAUCAGCAGGAAUGGAACUUCGAAAGUGGUCUGCGAAUGACGCUUCUCUGCUACAAGACAUACCUCCAGACCAUUUAUCUCAUAAGACACUAUUAGAGUUUGAAUACCAAGAUCCCGUUAAAACCUUAGGCCUCUAUUGGCAUCCACAUCAAGACUAUUUUGGGUUCAAGAUAAAUUUUGAAAUCAGUCACGCACAUACUAAACGUUCUUUACUUUCCACAGUCGCCCGACUGUACGACCCAUUAGGUUUCAUCACGCCCUGUGUCAUGACCGCGAAGGCGAUACUCAAGGACUCCUGGAUGGCCCGCAUCAAACGCAACGAUGGCAGUCUAGCACAACUGGACUGGGAUGAACCGCUGCCAACCGAACUGCUUGAUAGAUGGCAGGGAUUCAUACAGAACUUGCCAUAUGUCGAGCAAAUUCAAGUACCACGAUGGCUGCGCGUCAACAUCCACGAGCUUGCGUCAUUACAGCUACAUGUUUUCUGCGAUGGAUCAUCACUGGCGUAUGCAGCAUGUGCAUAUAUUCGUGCAGAGCUACCAAACGGAAUGAUUCAAACUCAUUUGCUAGCUGCACGCAGUCGAGUCACACCCACGAAACCGAUCACAAUUCCACGAGUCGAGCUUUCGGGUGCGCUGCUGGCAGUUAAACUGGCAAAAUGGAUCCGGGACCAACUGCGCACUGCAGGACCACCUAUGGCAACCUUCUAUUGGUCAGAUGCUACUAUCGUUUUGUUUUGGAUAAAUGGAGAUCCCCACCGAUGGCAAACCUUUGUGGCAAAUCGCGUUGGACAGAUUUUGGAGCAUAGUACAUCAACUCAGUGGAGACACGUACCUACUGCGGUAAACCUAGCGGACUGCGCAACUCGUGGCUUAACACCACAAGAGUUAGCAGUACAUCCAUUAUGGUGGUCUGGACCAUCAUGGCUACAGCAGCCGGAAAGCCAAUGGCCUGCAAACGGAGUUCCCAGUCAGGACAUCGACAGGACUAUAAUCGAGGAGAAACCAUCAGUUUUGCUCCAAAAUGCUGUGCAAGUCUCGGAGGCUCCAGAAGCCUUCAUCCAAAACUCGUCCUCAUACGACAAGUUAAUAUCAGUCAUGGCAUAUAUUCUACGGUUUAUACAUAACAUUCAAGCCAAAGGGGACAAACUGUCUGGACCACUGAGUGUGCAGGAGCUCGAUAACGCUUUAAUUCAUCUCGUUCGCAGCAUUCAACAGGAGGUCUACGCGACAGAAGUAUUGAGGUUGAAGGGAAACAAGACACUAUCGGGCACACACAAGCUGUGUCAAUUAUCCCCAUUUCUAGAUGACCAACAAAUUCUACGAGUCAGAGGUCGACUGCGAAAUGCAAUGCACCUUCCAAUAAGCCAGCGACAACCAAUGAUCAUUCCCAAUCAUCAUCAUUUUACCGAUCUCGUCGUGCGUAAUGCCCACCGUCUCGCACUCCACGGCGGCACCGAAUUAACGCUGGCCACUAUUCGACACAAAUUCUGGAUAGUCAACGGAAAACAAACUGUCAAACGCAUUCUUCGACAAUGCGUCCGAUGUUUUCGUCACCGACCGAAACCAGCAGCACAAUUGAUGGCCGAUCUUCCCCUACAUAGAGUUAAUCCGCCAACUCGUGCAUUCAUCGCCACCGGAGUGGACUAUACAGGCGCGUUCGAAAUUCAAGCAUCCAGAUUCCGUGGACACACAAACUACAAGGCGUAUAUCGCAGUUUUCAUCUGUUUGGCUACAAAGGCAAUUCAUCUUGAAGCGGUCACGGGCUUAACCACCGAACACUUUCUCAUGGCCCUACAACGUUUCAUCGCGCGUCGGGGUUACUGUCAACACAUGUAUAGCGAUUGCGGCACGAACUUCAUUGGUGCCCACCGGGCUCUUCAAACCUGGCAAAUACAUUUGAAACGAGAGCUACCCACAACUGUAAUACCUGCUUUAGCCGCCCGAAACGUCCAAUGGCAUUUUAAUCCACCGCAUAGUCCUAAUUUCGGAGGCCUUUGGGAGGCAAAUGUAAAGUCUGUCAAAACACAUCUCUAUCGAGCCUUUUCAGGAUAUAAAAUGACCUACGAACAACUUGCUACCGUGCUAACACAAAUUGAAGCCUGUUUAAAUUCCAGGCCUUUAUGUCCACUAAGCGCGGAGCCGGAGGACCUAGCUGUCCUCACCCCGGCACAUUUUCUUAUUGGAGAUUCAUUAUUAGCUCCGCCGGAUGUAACGAUAAGGGAUGUUCCACUCACAGUCCAAUUUCUGGAAGGACAGAAAAUUAUCCGGCAAUUUUGGAAGCGUUGGAGUUCGGACUGGCUAUCACAUCUUCAAGCCCGUCCAACGUGGCGACAUGAAACCGACAAUCUACAAGUCAGCGAUCUAGUAAUUGUCAAGGAUGACCGACUGCCACCCAACGAGUGGAAACUGGGAAGGAUAAUAGAAGUUCACCCUGGAGCUGACAGUUUAGUCAGAGUCGCAACUGUUAAAACAGCAUCAGGCGUAUACAAACGAUCGGUCUCUAAACUAUGUCGGCUACCGUUGCCACAGACCUCAGAAUAAUCCUACCACCGUUGCUAGCUCCAUUCGACCAUACAUGUACCAUAACGAACACUUUCUUUAUUCACAGAGCAUUCACAUGUGACAUCCGUUGGUUUCUAAUACUGGUCCCAGUAUUGGGGGCGGCAUGGACGGUUUUCUAAGGGUUAAACUACAAAGAGAGUGAGAGCGCUCUAACUGCAAUUGCCCACUCGGAGAUCGGCAUCGUUUCAUGCUAGGGCGGCGUAACCUCGUCUCCGAUCACCAAGAAGAGUCUUCGUUUGCGUGUCGACGAAAUCACAACGACAAUUAGCAGUUGCAGCCGGCCGUGCUUAAACCCGUAUUACCCAUUACAUUGUACUCUAUACUCGAAUUACGAUUAAAGUUUAAGUUGAUUGAAGUCCAAAUGAAUAAAUCUCGAAUUGUCUAUAUCGUGUAGUACAUUAUUAAACGCAAA